ACUCAAUCCUGGACCUAGAGUCAUUGUUUGUGCUCCCUGGGAAUUGCGCACGAGCGACAAAAGAGCAGAUCUCUACCACAGUAGACGAUCUUCCCCUCAGCAUCUUCCGUCCCUCCCAAUUGCUUGGCUGCAGGCACACGUUGCUCUCUAAAUGAUGCAGUGAAUGCUGCUCCUGCUCACCGAUCACGAGUUGUGCCUUCUCUUUUUUGACUUUGCCCGUCCUCGUGGUGUUCACAUGUAGCUUACAGGCUGAAGCCAUUGAACCAGACAGUGUCUCUCCCUCACUUCAAUCGCCCUCCACAACCCAGAUCUCAGCUGCUACAGCGAAGAACAAACGAUUCCUCUGCAUACCUCGUCCCAGAUGACCUGACCUGCUCGUGGCCUACCGCUGUCAUGGCUUCCAGCUUCGUUCGGCAACUCGUAGGAAAGGUAUCGUUUUAUUCGUUCGGCCUGUUCAACUACUUUCUCUUCUUGGGCUUGUUCAUUAAGAACGGAACGUUUUUCAAGAAAGAUACGGAGCAAGACAAGUUACAAUAUGACAUCGAACGAGAUCGCUUCUGGAACCUGGCCAAAGAACCCCUAUCUGGCUUCAAACACUACUUCUAUUCCCUUCGCAACGGCUUCAAGCUGCACUAUAUCAGCAAUCGAGCAGGACCAGAGUCGUGUAGCCUCGUGAUCUUCCUGCAUGGCUUCCCGGAUAGCUCCAUGAUCUGGCGACACCUGAUGCAAGAGUCGGCGAUACCAAAGAAUGAUGCCACAUUGGUCUGCGUUGACUUGCCUGGGUAUGGAGGAAGCGAUAGUCUCAAGGUUUACGAUACCGAAGUGCUGGAGGCUCUGACAGAAUUCAUCGUCGCCAUGCGGGACAAAUACAUACCCGCAGAAGAAACAGACUCGACCAGCACCUUCCUUGUGGGACAUGACUGGGGCUGUGUGCUUGGAUUCCGUCUCGCUGCAGACGCUCCGUGUCUGGCGGAUCGUUUCAUCCUGACCAAUGCUCCUCACGUCGACCUUGCAAUUGCCAACAAAGAUCGCAUCAUCAAUUCAGCGUCCAAGAUCUUCAAGCAAUUCAAACAGUCCCCCAAGCAGAACUUUGGCUGUCUGGCCAAAUCGUUCAACACGUUGAAGCCGCUAUUGUUGCAGACUAUGAUGAUGGGCUACAUCUUCAUGUUCAAUCUACCCUCCUUCUUCGUCAGAUCCAUGGGCUGUGCCGGAAAUUUCUCAUUUCUACGCGGAGCCAAUUGGUCAGGCUACGACAAGCACUCGAAUGAAUACCGCGUCCAAGAAGGUAUGGCGUCCACCUUUGGUCCUGGUCCGCAAGAGUGCAAAAGUACACUUGACGAUGGAACCACCUACGGCCCGUCUGUGUUGCGGAGAGCUAAGUCUCCUGGAGAAGCUUUCUGGAACAUGACCGGAUACUAUCGUGAUGGAAUAGCAUCCCGACCUUGGACGAAAUCUCUCGAGACACUCGCAGACUUGUAUGCACUUGAGACCUCUGCUUCCGAGUCCAAUUCUCCCAGCAGUCGACGUCGAUCAUCCAUUUCAAACCACACACUGUUCUCUGACCAUCUGAAAGGAAAAUUGAAUGCACCGGCUUACGUGCUCUGGGGAGAGAAAGACCAGGCUUGCGGAAAGCUGAUUUGCUUGGAUGGUCUGUGUGAUUAUCUUGCUAAAGAUAGUGAGGUGACGAUCCUGCCGCGAAGCGGGCACUGGACCCCAGUGGGUAAAGAGGCUCGCACAGCACUUGCUACCGCUAUCGGCUUGUUUGCUGGGAAGGAUGCCAGACCCGUGCCAAAGAUGACUGCUGAGGUGCAGAAAGUCUAUCCAGAUGCUCUUCUCAUGGUGAAGAAGUGAGUAACUCAUGACUAACGAUGAUAUUUUUCCUGCAAGCAAGAGUCGACUGAUCUGCUUGGAGACGUGUACAACAUGCAAUAGCUUGAAGAGGUGUCAUGAUACAUGCAUCGAAGAUGAGCUCGUGGAUGUGAUUCGACUGAAUUAAGGUAUUAUGCAGAGACUGAUAGCAAGGAAGCUGGACUUCCAUUUCUACGAACGUAGCAAUCAACUAUCUGCCAAUGCUUGAAA